GAGGCAUUGACCGCUGUGUAAUAAGUUGCUACACCUGGUUAUGUUUAGUUAUAUAUAAAAUAACUGUUAGGAAAUAUGAAUGAUCAGGGGAGUCUAACUCACCUUCCUUGACUUGCUGCACCAAUGACAAGACGCAAUGGAUCGGUGUAGGCACUGCUGUUUGCUUGCCGAAGAGUAUAAAAUGACAUGAGGGACAAAAUCCUCUGUUUGCCAUAGCUAGCUGACGUACUGCUUUGACAUUAGCUAGUUAGGUCGCUACUUCGCUUGCACGAAAAAAGGCAAAAUGACCACGCGGAGAGUGCUGGCUGGCGCCGCCAGUGUUGUAUAUACUGGAAUUAAUUUGUCGUCGCGAAGCAUCGUCCAGCAUUCUUAUUGCUGUUCAUCUGGUCGCCGACGCUUCAGUACCGGCAAAGCGCUGCACACGGACUUUUAUAAAGAUCUGGAAGCACAGUUCAAGGCAUUCAGACAGAAGGCCGCAGCUGCCAUGCCCAGCAGUGACUGGAACCCUGUGGAAUUGACACCUGGUCUCCCGCCAGAGCGAACUGAUGUUCUGAUUGUGGGUGGGGGUGUGUUGGGGUGGUCCAUUGCCUAUUGGCUGAAGAAGAAGGAGAGGAUUCGGAAUGGGAUUCGAGUGGUGGUGGUAGAGAAGGAUACAACAUACUCCCAGGCAUCCACUGUGCUGUCCGCUGGAGGGAUUCGACAACAGUUCUCACUGCCUGAAAACAUCUAUCUCUCCAUGGAGUCUGCCGAAUUUAUGAGGAACAUCAAUGAGCACCUCAGUGUACUGAAUGAGGAUCCAGUGGACUUGCAGUUCAAUCACUCUGGAUAUCUCUUCCUAGCAAGUGAAAAUGGAGCCGCGAUCAUGGAGGAAAACUACAGCACCCAGAGGCAUGUUGGGGCGAAAGUCACCCUUCUUUCACCGACACAACUCAAGGAGAAAUUCCCAUGGAUCAACACUGAUGGAGUGGCCUUAGCUUCCUAUGGCCUGGAGAAUGAGGGGUGGUUUGACCCUUGGACCCUGCUGAAUGCUUUCAGGCGCAAGGCCAUGUCGAUGGGAGUGUACCAGUGCAACGGAGAGGUCACAGGGUUUAGGUAUUCAACACAUCCAGUUACAGCAGAUGGUGACUCUAUAGAUGUGAAGAGGAUUAAAUACGUCAAUGUCAGGAUGCCCAACAGUAUGGAAUACCAACCUGUGGAGUGUGCCAUAGUGGUGAAUGCAGCAGGUGCCAACUCUGGGAAAGUGGCUGAGAUGGCAGGUAUUGGCUUUGGGCCCAAAGACACAAUGGCUGGCAUCCCAGUUCCUGUGGAGCCUCGGAAGAGGUACAUCUAUGUGCUUCACUGUCCAGAUGGGCCUGGUUUGGACACACCUUUUCUGAUUGACUAUUCCGGAGUCUACCUCAGACGGGAGGGUCUGGGUGGAAAUUAUAUUGCUGGAAUGUCACCUGAAGAGGAAGAUGAGCCAGACACUGGUGACUUAGAGGUGGAUCAUGAGUUCUUCAAGGAGAAGAUCUGGCCCCUGUUAGCCCAUCGUGUUCCUGCAUUUGAAAGUCUCAAGGUAACAAGUGCCUGGGCAGGGUACUACGACUACAACACCUUUGAUCAGAAUGGUAUUUUGGGAAUCCACCCUCUGGUCAACAACAUGUACUUCGCUACAGGCUUCAGUGGCCAUGGGCUCCAGCAGUCUCCAGCUGCCGGCCGCGCCAUAGCUGAGCUAAUCCUGGACGGAAACUUCAAGACCCUCAACCUUAACGCCCUUAGCUUCCAACGCAUCUUCUCCCAGCAGCCUGUUCUAGAGAGGAACAUUGUGUAAAAAGUGACAGGGGAGGCUUGGAGAAAUAUGGGAGUGCAAGGAAGGAGAUGGAACAGCCGGUGCUGCAGAGGGAACACCAUGGGUAGCCUCCAGGAAGGAGCUACGGAGAAGUGUUGAUGAUGGCUGGGACAGAGCUUCUGGAGGGGGAUGUACAUCUUUGUGAAGGGAGGGAAAGAAGGAAGGAGAGUACAAGGCACUGCUAAGGAGGAAAUGAAAACAGAAUAAGUCACAGCUGCAUUUUCACUGUCCUCUCUAAUCAAAUGACCAGGGUUAUGGGCCGCGGUUACUUUGAAUGAUCCAGUCCAUAUUGCAGAGCUGGAGGUCAGAAUUUUUCCUAAGGAUAGCAUCUUGCAAAUUGUUACACUUACGGGUAAGGUGCUUGACUGUGAGAAGUCACCUUGUUAUAAUAAUUAUAAUUAUUAACUAAUAAUAAUAAAUGCAUAUAAGGAAUCUACAAAUUUAAGUAAACGAGCUCAUGUGAAUUCAUAGGAAUGGUAAAUGCAUAUUAUUAAGAAAUGUCAAAACUGACAUAUUCAAACA